CCCGAUUCUCUCCCAAACCCCAGUCCGUAUUUGGCACCUUACCAUUUACCAAUUGAAGGCUCGCUACGUUUCUCGACGGGCCAGGUCGCCAGCCCUACUCCUGUCGCACGCACAAUCCCACCUCCGCUGCCCGGCCUCUCGACGCCCCGAUGGCGGCGGACAGAGAAGCUCGCUUCAUACGACAUCCCCCCGCUCUUCGCGCUACCGGGGAUACUCGAUGCACGGCACGCUGCGCGAGUGGGCGCUCCGCAUGAUCGGGAAGGAAUUCAGCGCGAACAAGCGCCGGGGGAGUGUCACGCCGCAUGCGGACACGGAGUAUCUCAUGCGCGAGGCGGACGCGAUGGUCGAGGGGGUGCUGCAUCGUAAAGAACGCAAACAUUGGAUGCCGCGGGGCAAGAAGGGUGCAUACGUGCAGGUGGGGGACCGGCUGGCACGCGAGGCAGGGAGGGUCGAGAACGCGGACAUGGACAUGGAGGGCCUCAAGAUCGCGAAGCUGAGGGAGGCUUUGGCUCUCUACAGGCGUGCCGCGCAGAGGGGGGAUGGGAGUAUGCCGGUGCUGGCAUCGCACAUGUGGGGAACGAGCCUCGAGCUCACGCGGAGGCUGCAGAAGACUGCAGAUAAGCUGGAAAGGGCGGAGACGAAAGCAGCUCAAGCGAAACCUUACGAAGUCGAGGAGACGGAUUGGGGAUUAAAGAAAGCGAGCACAACGUCAACGGGAGAGGAUGCAUCCCACACCCUGCAAGUGCCCGUGUCUGUUCAGACAAGACCACCACGUACUGCAAAAAAGCACGGUGGUAUACAGUAUAAAACGAAAUCACUCGCGCCGCUCCCCGCCCUCGCACCCUCUGCUGUCGCUCGCUCCCGAAUGCCUCUGCUCUCUGCCUUCCCCGGGAUCGGCGGCCUCCCCGACGGGACCGUGCUUUCCCCUGCGCAUGGGGUCUUCACUGCCCGCGGGCUUCUGGGUACGCCGUCUCACGCGGGAUCGUCGUAUUCAAACGACACUCUGCAUCUACCGUCUCCGGCCCAGCGUGCGCCUUAUGCACCAGACGAGGUGGCCCAGCCGCAGCUCCGGCCACCGCCGUUUGCGAACCAGGGCAAAGCCCUGCGGUGGUUCAAGAUGCGCAAGAAGCGGACGAGGAUGAUGUAUCGAUACUAUCCCGCUCCGAGGAUCCCACCGCCGUUUCCGGUUUCGUGAUCUCGGAUCCUUCCGCUUGGGUGCUCUCACACGCUAACUGAAACGGGUGCUUGACCCACACCCUUCGCCUCAGUCAAACCCUUCGCCUGAUUUGAUGAAACACAGGCGUCGCUGCCGAGAUGAACAAGGCCACACGGCGGGGCCCGCUCAACACGGCGGCACAUGGGCGAUGGAGGGUGGAGGCGCUUUGAUGGAUUCUCGGACUGAACCAGCCGUUCAUCUGUGCAAUUCGGGAUGAAAGCCCCAAGCUCGUUUAUUGCCUCCUUGUGUCGACAUACAUAUGCAUUCUGGUGUCACGUCUGGAGAUUUGGAGACACGAUUCAGCAUCACGGUGCCCCGAUCGUCGGCUGCGAAGCGUCCCAGGGUCCAAACGUUGCCCGAUCCGAUGCUGCGAAGAUGACAUCCCAGCCCGAGGCGGUCAUAGCAGACGAUUGACUCCUCGUGUGCGUGCCAAGAGGCCAACGAGGCGGCGACCUACUUCCUGAUGGGGUGUAUAUCGAUGAACGGCUGCAAAUGUGCGGGCACAGCCGGGCAACUCGGCGACGUCCACCACCCGUCGCAAAUAGGCAACAGGGAAAGAUUGAAAUAGUGUCUCAGACGUAACUUGUGUAUCGCAUAAUAGUCUGGGACUUGGUGCAAUGGCAAGGGCGGCCGGGAGGGCGCAAUCACUGAUCCGGACCUUCAACUGAAUGAUUGGGCGAUCAGGCGGUUCGAACUUUAACGCCUCCAGUACUUACUUAUGCACCUCGCAUCCGCGUACAUGAAUCUGAUUAUCUCGCGCAUAAAAAUUCCGCAAGGCAUCGGACCGGCAGCACGCACACCGAGAUGCCAUGAGGACUGUGAAGAUAUCCAACAUUCGUUUGCUUAAAGCCUGGGCCGGCGGAGCCAGGUAUGCGCUUUCAACAAAUCAUAUACUUAGCAUGAUUCACGCCCACUUCACACUCGCUUCUGCGGCAGCAGCGAUUGCUUUCCUUGCACUGCACAUCUGCCGAAAGGCCGCAAGAAGAAGGACAGGGGAUAUCGCAGGACUGCGUGGCCCGCCCCGGGAGUCCUGGCUUUUUGGUAAUCUUGCGCAGCUGCUGUUCUCCCGCAACUACGGCGACUACGAGUUCCAGUGGCAGGAGAGCUACGGCGAUGUAUACGUGAUACGCGGUGUGCUCGGGCAAACUCGGUUGAUGGUCUCGGACCCUGUUGCCCUGAACCAUCUUCUCCAGAACGACGACGUCCAUCUUGCACCGAUGAUGCUUGCGUUCAAUCGAUCCCUUUUCGGACGGGAGAACGCGAUGGCGCUGCGCGAUGCAGCCCACAGGAAACUCCGCGCUGCCCUGAAUCUCGGUUUUUCGCCCUCUGUUAUCAAGGGAUAUCGGGAUCACUUCGAAUCCGUUGCCCGCACAAUAACGGUCCAAUUCGGAAAAUCUCGGAAGAGCUCGGUCAUGGAUGUCAUACCUGCGCUUUCCAUGGCCACAUUGUCUGCAAUCUCUCAAGUCACACUAGGUCGGUCUACCGAAGCGCUGGGUAAAGAAUUGAUCCAAGCAAAUCUAUCGAUCCUUGCAUGUGCUUCACGAUUUGGAUCGGCCCAGCUCCUAGCCGAGGGCGUGGCACCGUAUCUCCCCGCCUCAUUCCUGGACUGGAUAUUCCGACUCCCGCUCCCCAUGUUCGCCGACAUUCGCCGCGCGUACACUCUCGCGCGGCAGGUCGGAGAGCUGGUCAUUCUGGAGUCUCUGCACACAGCGGCCGGAGACGAGACACGGGAGGAGCAUCUUUACGGCAGGAUUCUGGCCCAGAAUCCGAGGAAAAGCCUAUCACACAGCGAGCUCGCUACGCAGACGAAUCUAAUCCUCGUGGCCGGCCAGGAUACCACGGCAGCUCGACAACCUGCACUGCAGGAUGCCGUCCGUGCCGAGAUCACCGCGGCUCAUGCGCGGGCGCCAAUCCAAUAUGACUGCUUGCCGUUGGUGAAUGCAUGCAUCAAGGAAGCGCUGCGUCUCUUUCCUGCCGAACCCGUCGCCGAUAAGAUCGCGCACGUGGAUCUGACUCUGCCGCUCAGCCGGCCAGUGACUCUCUCAGACGGGAGCGUCACCGAUACGAUCUUUGUGCCAAAAGGCCAGCUUGUGGCGUUGUCGUUUGCGGGCUACCAGCGGGGCCAUGAACGGUGGGGUCCAGAGCCCGAAAAAUUCAACCCCUAUCGGUGGAUAGAGGGCAAGGUUGCCGUGAAUCAAACUAUGGCGACGAGCCCGUAUGCGCAUUUGUGAAUUACGGGUGACAGCUUGGUCAAAUUGAUUAUGAACUGAAUCUUUUUGACAGGCUUUCCUUCUCCAACGGGCCACAUGUGUGUCUUGGCUGGCGUUUUGCGUGGGUUUUCCUGGGGCAUUCUUUUCAAGGUUGUCCGUUCAAUUUCCCUCUCCAGGAUUUUUGAGAUGCAGGUCAUCCUCACUGAGUUGAUCUCAAAGUUCGUCUUUGAUCUGCCCGGUGACCCAGCCUUGGAAACACACGCAAGAUUUGCGAAUGCUUUGAUGCCUUGCGAUGGAGAUGGAGAUAGAUGUGCUUGGCUUUCUGUAAAACAUGUGCAGGGAGACACCUAGAGUGCAAUGCAGACACGGAUCAGUAGAGACUCCCUCUAGUGUAUUAGUUCAUUACUUACCUACAAAGCAUAGUAUGGUUC